AUGGUAAGAGAAUGUAGCUAUCAUUUUUAGCUAUGAAAAUAAAGACAUUUCGACAUGAUUUCAACAUCAGUCAUACGAUGAGUAGUAUGUUGAGCCUUGCUUGCGUUAAUGCGUAUGUUUAUUGCUAGAUUUGGUUUGGUAGCUAGCAAGCUUAGCAAACGUCAGUUAGCAUCCCCACCCAAAAUGUGAGAGAAUCUGUUUUUAGCUAGUGAUGUAGCUAGAUACAAGGUUAGUUUGAUAGUUUGGCAGUUAGUGCCAAAUACUGUAAACUAAAGUAUCCUUUCAAAUGUAUGCAUAAAUAUAAACAUACAUUUUCUGGUAACUAUUAGCUAGCCAAGUUAGCUAUCGGUAAUGGUGAAGCUGGGAGCUCUUUUACGUCAUCUAUCAAGCUGGUAAAUAAAAAAAAUGAAUGCCAUGAGUAAAGAUCCCCAUGCCACAUUGAAAAUAUAUCGAACACAAGGUGGUAGAAGAGGGUAAUUAGUUAGGCGAAAUCUCUAAUCUCAGGCAGCCAGCCUUGGUAUUAAAGAGGUCUGCAGGAACCUGUCUCAACAUUUGCUUUCAUUUGUCCUAGCUAGCUAUGCACCUUGCCUGAAUUAUUUUGCUUUGCAGUAGGUACGUCCAAAGUUUAGAUUUCCCUUCAUUGCACUCCACACGCAUAGGGUUGCAAUAAGACUUGCCCACUGAAAUGUCCGGCCCAUUCACAUCGACUGGGCUGUAGUGGAGCGGGUCGAGAGCUUCAAGUUCCUUGGUGUCCACAUCAAUAACAAACUGUAAUGGUCCAAACACACCAAGACAGUCGUGAAGAGGGCACGACAACACCUAUUCCCCCUCAGGAGACUGAAAUGAUUUGGCAUGGGUCCUCAGAUCCUUAAAAAGUUCUACAGAUGCACCAUCGAGAGCAUCCUGACUGGUUGCAUCACCGCUUGGUAUGGUAACUGCUUGGCAUCUGACGCAAGGUGCUACAGAGGGUAGUGCGUACGGCCCAGUACAUCACUGGGGCCAAGCUUCUUGUCAUCCAGGACCUCUAUACCAGCCGGUGUCAGAGGAAGGCCCUAAAAAUUGUCAAAGACUCCAGCCUGCCAGGUCAUAGACUGUUCUCUCUGCUACCACACGGCAAGCGGUACCGGAGUGUCAAGUCUAGGUUCAAAAGGCUCCUUAACAGCUUCUACCCCCAAGUCAUAAGACUGCUAAACAGUUAAUCAAAUUACUAUUUGCAUUGACCCCCUUUUUUACACUGCUGCUACUCGCUGUUUAUUAUCUAUGCAUAGUCACUUUACCGCUACCUACAUGUACAUAUUACCUCAAUUUCCUCAAGUAACCUGUACCCCCGCACAUUGACUUGGUACCGGUACCCCCGUAUAUAACCUUGUUAUUUUAUUUUGUUACUUUUUUUACUUUAGUACAUUUUAUUUAGAUUUUGUUUAGUAUUUUCUUACUUUAAAAAAAAACUGCAUGGUUGGUUAAGGGCUUAUAAGUAAGCAUCAAGGUAAGGUCUACAUCUGUUGUAUGCAGCGCAUGUGACAAAUACAAUUUGAUUUGAAAUGUUUUCUCGGCCCAAAUCAGAUGCAGGCUGGAUUGAAGUAGCUAGAUAUAGUCAUCCUCAAAAUGCAUGUAGUGGCAGUGCACUCUACUGUUUCAAGCUACUGCUGUAAGGCCUUAGGCCAGAGCCAAUGUGUACACACCAUCCUUAUCUAUUAUAGGCAUUAUUCAAUGGGCGUUUCAUAAUAUUUUUUGUUGUUGUUGAAGUAUUAACCUUGGGCAAAUCGAUGUAGUCAGUGCUAGAUUCCACAAAGCCUGGUCUCGGCUCCACGCCAUUGGUGAAGUUCAUCAGAAACUUCCUUCACCGUGGAGUUUAGUCCGUUAUGUGAAACAGAGGUGGUGUACAUUACAUUGCUAUGGUGCAAUGGUGAACUGUGAAGUUAAUAGUGCAAUUGUUCAAACCCAUUUAUGGCCAUGAUUGCCUUCAGUGUAACUAGGCCUAGGCUAUAUUCUAGGGAUAUGUACAGUGCAUUCGGAAAGUAUUCAGACCCCUUGACUUUUUCCACAUUUAGUUAGGUUACAGCCUUAUUCUAAAAUGGAUUAAAUAAAAAAAAUUCCUCAUCAAUCUGCACACAAUACCUCAUAAUGACGACGCGAAAACAGGUUUUUAGAAAUGUUUGCAAAUUGAUAAAACAACAACAAUACUUUAAGUAGAGACCCUUUGCUAUUAGACUCUAAAUUGAGCACAGGUGCAUCCUGUUUCCGUUGAUCAUCCUUGAGCUGUUUCUACAACUUGAUUGGAAUCCACCUGUGGUAAAUUCAAUUGAUUGGACAUGAUUUGGAAAGGCACACACCUGUCUAUAUAAGGUCCCACAGUUGACAGUGCAUGUCAGAGCAAAAACCAAGCCAUGAGGUCGAAGGAAUUGUCCGUAGAGCUCCGAGACAGGAUUUUGUCUAGGCACAGAUCUGGGGAAGGGUACCAACACAUUUCUGCAGCAUUGAAGGUCCCCAAGAACAGUGGCCUCCAUCAUUCUUAAAUGGAAGAAGUUUGGAACCACCAAGACUCUUCCUAGAGCUGGCUGCCCAACCAAACUGAGCAAUCGGGAGAGAAGGGUCUUGGUCAGGGAGGUGACCAAGAACCAGAUGGUCACUCUGACAGAGCAGGGAGACUAGUCAGGAUCGAGGGAAAGCUGAACUGAGCAAAGUACAGAGAGCUCCUUGAUGAUAACCUGCUCCAGAGCGCUCAGGACCUCAGACUGGGGCGAAGGUUCACCUUCCAACAGGACAACGACCCUAAGCCCACAGCCAAGACAACACAGGAGUGGCUUCGGGACAAGUUUCUGAAUGUCCUUGAGUAGUCCAGCCAGAGCCCGAACUUGAACCUGAUCGAACAUCUCUGGAGAGACCUAAAAAUUGCUGUGCAGCGACGCUCCCCAUCCAACCUGACAGAGCUUGAGAGGAUCUGCAGAGAAGAAUGGGAGAAACUCCCCAAAUACAGGUGUGCCAAGCUUGUAGCAUCAUACCCAAGAAGACUCAAGGCUGUAAUCGCUGCCAAAUGUGCUUCUACAAAGUACAAUAAAGGGUCUGAAUACAUAUGUAAAUGUGAUAUUUAUGUUUUUUAAAAUAAAUGUGCAAAUUCUAAAAGCCAGUUUUUGCUUUGUCAUUAUGGGGUAUUGUGUGUCGAUUGAGGGGGAAAAACUAUUUAAUCAAUUUUAGAAUAAGACUGUAACGUAACAAAAUGUGGAAAAAGUCAAGGGGUCUGAAUACUUUCCGAAAGCACUGUACUCAUGUGGUCAAUAUACUUCCUCUUUUUACAUUUGAGAGACUCCUGGAUGUAUCAAUUUAAUGGUGAUUUCACUAAUGUUCCGCAGGCAACAUUAUUAUUGUUUUGCAUUUCGGUUGUUAGGCCUAUUUGAACUUUUACUGACUAAUAUGUUUGAGUUUCUAUGAUGGUGAAAUCAGUGUUGAGCUGUUAGAAACCGCAGUAUCAAAUAUGCACUGCUGAGCUGUGUGUUGUCAGCCCAAGCCCAACCAUGAGCCAUUGCUAUGGAAGACACAGUAUGCCAAGAAUUUUUGCUGCAGGUCUAGGCCUGCAUGCCUGACAGUACUUUUGCCUUCUGUUUUUGAGGGGUGGUGGUGUAGGAGUAAGAGUAAGGGCCUUUUAGCUAAUAGUUUUGGAGGAUAGUAGGGUGGAGUGAGGCGGUAUUUGGUGGUAAGAGAGGCUGCGGUCUAGUUCACUCCCCCUCUUGGAUUUAAAAUGGGAUUUAGGGAAGGGGCGUCUUCGUUAUAGUGGUGAGGUAAAGAGUGGUAGGGGUAUUUGGCAGAGUGUAAGGGAGAUAUUCCCUCUCAUCUUCUAACUUUUCUUUCUCCUCUUCCUCUCUCGCUCUCCCUCCCUCAGACAGCGACUCUGCGCCCGUACCUCAACGCUGUGCGUGCCACGCUACAGGCCGCCCUCUGUCUGGAGAACUUCUCCUCUCAGGUGGUGGAGCGCCACAACAAGCCAGAGGUGGAGGUCCGGUGAGUCCCUGUCUGUCUGUCUGUGUGUGCGUGAUAGUGUGUGUUUCCGGGUGUUUGACAUUGCACGUGUAUGCUAUCCCCCUCAGGAGCAGUAAAGAGUUGCUGCUGCAGCCAGUCAUCAUCAGUCGUAAUGACAAGGAGAAGGUUCUUAUAGAGGGCUCCAUCAACUCAGUCCGAGUCAGCAUCGCUGUCAAGCAGGUCAGUGCGACUACUGAUUCCAACGUGUUUAACUGUCCUUCUGUGCAGUUGACAGGCUUGAUUUAGAUGACAUUCAUGCUUUAUUCAUAUUUUGGGAACACCUAUCUUUUCCUCCGUCAUUGUCGUUACCCAAACAGAAGUACAGAGAUGGAAGCUCAGCUGUACACUUUUUUUUGCUGUUCUGUGAGGAUGAUUGUGUGCUGGUUUGUCAUACAUUUAAAUUUUAGUCAUUUUAGCAGACGCUCUUAUCCAGAGCGACUUACAGUUAGUGAGUGCAUAUAUUUUCAUACUGGCCCCCCGUGGGAAAUGAACCCACAACCCUGGCGUUGCAAGCGCCAUGCUCUACCAACUGAGCUACACAGGGCUGCAUAGACAUGAAAUGUAUACUGUGAUUAGUUGUUUUUUAUGACCUGGUGUAUGAUUGGUGGCUUUUAGAGCUGUAGCCUGUGAUUGGUGGGUGCUGAGUUUGACUGCUGUGUGAUUGGUGUGUCCCUGAAGGCAGAUGAGAUUGAGAAGAUCCUGUGCCAUAAAUUCAUGCGCUUCAUGAUGAUGAGAGCAGAGAACUUCUUCAUCCUGAGGAGGAAACCAGUGGAGGUGAGAAAUGAGAGGACUGGUGGCGCAACCAACAGUUUUAGAGUUGAAACAUUAAGAGAAUGACUUGGUCUGUUCCCCUCUUAGAGAACUCAAGCGGUCAUAAUUUCACACUUUCAAAUAAAAUAUUUACAAUGAAAAAUAUUGGCAGUACAAGGACCAAAACGGUCUCACACAGUGUUUACUCAUCAUUUCCCCUCCUUUAUCUCUCCCUCUCUCCUUCAUUUGUCCGCAGGGCUAUGACAUCAGUUUCCUCAUCACCAACUUCCACACAGAGCAGAUGUACAAGCACAAGCUGGUGGACUUCGUCAUCCACUUCAUGGAAGAGAUCGACAAGGAGAUCAGUGAGAUGAAGCUGUCUGUCAACGCCAGGGCCCGGAUCGUCGCUGAGGAGUUCCUCAAAAACGUGAGUGUCUGUUUUUUUUUGUCUGUCUGUCUUUUCACCUAGAAGUUUUCAUUUUACCUGACAUACAUGUUUUUGACUUACGCAGUUUUAAGAAAAUUCCCAAACAUUCCUGACGCUGAUCACAACCGUCACCAUGGUUUCUUGGAGGGUACGUAUCACAGGACCGAGAGAGAAGGGGCAAAAGUGUGACCAGUCAAUCGCAGUGAAAGAAAGUAAAGACUCAUCAGACCAAUGGGGUGUGGCCCUUCAUCAUUAAGGUAUCCCUGUGCUCAAAAAUAUUGAUGUUUGUACACAGCCUCAUUUAAUUUCUGCCUAGAAGAAAGCGUUAAAUCAGGGCGGGUUCUUAAAAUGAAACCCUAAUCAAUAUUAAUGAGCACAGGGGAAUGCAGAGCUUUUUUGUCUGAUAAUGUAAACGGUUUGUUUUAGUUUUUUAUAUAAAUAUUAUAUGCACACAUAUCAUUUUUUUCUAUGUUUUUGUUACAACAGACCUUCAAACCUGAGGAAAAAUGAAUUGGUGCACAUUUGGUGUCUUAAUACACACAGAGCAGACCCUAUCAUUGAUGGAAAUGAUUGUGAUGAUGAUAAUAGUGCUGGCAGUGAUGAUGAAUAAAUCCCUUUAUUGUU